GCUGUAAUACCUGGCACGAUUUUCAGCUUCUAAAGAAAACAGUCCGUAUCCGGAGGAGCCAGACGCAGGAGGGAAGAGCGAGGGAAGAGCUAGGACAGCUGAGGACUUUUCCAGUCUGCAGCACCUGAGACAUCUCACCAUGGCCUCCGAAUACACCAUGAUGGACCCCAUCUGUCUGGUGGAAAACCAGAAAAAUCAGCUGGUGGUAAAUCCAAAAGCACUAGAGAUUCUUGACAAGAUCGAUCAGCCUGUGGUGGUGGUGGCCAUCACAGGACUGUAUAGGACAGGAAAGUCCUACCUGAUGAACCGCCUGGCAGGACAGAACCAUGGUUUCCCUCUGGGAUCCAUGGUGAGGUCUGAAACCAAGGGCAUCUGGAUGUGGUGUGUGCCGCACCCCUCUGAGUCGAACCACACUCUGGUCCUUCUGGACACUGAGGGCCUGGGCGAUGUGGAAAAGAGCGACCCUGAGAAUGACUCGUGGAUCUUUGCCCUGGCCGUGCUCCUGAGCAGCAUGUUGGUCUACAACAGCAUGGGCACCAUCAACCACCAGGCCCUGGAGCAGCUGCACUACGUGACUGAACUAACAAAGCUGAUCAGGACAAAAUCCUCCCCCAGCUCUGAUGAGGAAGAUGACUCAGCUGAGUUUGUGAGUUUCUUCCCAGACUUUGUUUGGGCUGUACGAGAUUUCAUGCUGGAGCUGAAGUUAGAUGAACGCACCAUCACUGAAGAUGAGUACCUGGAGAAUGCCUUGAAGUUGAUUCCAGGCGAGGAUCCGCAAAUCCAGAAAUCCAACAUGCCUAGAGAGUAUAUCAGGAAGUUCUUUCCAAGGCGAAAGUGCUUUGUCUUUGACCAGCCUACAAAUGACAAAAAACUAUUGCUCCAUAUGCAGGAGGUGUCAGAAAACCAACUAGAAGGGCAUUUCCAGGAGCAAUCUAAAAAUUUCUGUCAAUAUAUCCUCACACAUGCAAGCACCAAGAACCUAAGAGAAAAAAUCAUUACUGGAAACGGGCUCGGGACCCUGGCAAAGGCCUAUGUGGAUGCCAUCAACAGUGGAGCAGUGCCUUGUUUGGAGAACGCGGUGACAGCUCUGGCUGAGCUUGAGAACUCAGCAGCCGUGCAGAAGGCGGCCGAUCACUACACUGAGCAGAUGGCCCAGCGAGUGAGCUUCCCCACAGACUCGCUCCAGGAGCUGCUGGACCUGCACGCAGCCUGCGAGAGGGAAGCCAUUGCCAUCUUCAUGGAGCGCUCCUUCAAGGAUGACAAGCGGGGGUUUCAGAAGAAGCUUGUGGAAAUAAUAGAGAUGAAGAAGGAAGACUUUUUGCUUCAGAAUGAACAGGCAUCUGGCAAGUAUUGCCAGGCUCAGCUUGAGCAGCUUUCAGAGCCCUUGAUAGAUGAUAUUUCAAGAGGAACUUUCUCAGUGCCUGGGGGAUACAACCUCUACUUAGAAGCAAUGGACAAGUUUGAACAGUCCUAUAACCUGGUGCCCAGGAAAGGAGUGAAGGCAAAUGAGGUCCUCCAGACCUUCCUGCAGUCACAGGCUGCAACAAAGGAAUCCAUCCUGCAGGCAGACCAAGCCCUCAGUGCUGAGGAGAAGGCUCUGGCAGCUGUGAAUGCCAAGAAUCAGAAAGCUGAGAAGGAACUGGAACUGCUAAGACAGAAACAGAAGGAGGAGCAGGAAAAAAUGGAGGCUCAAGACAAAAGCUUCCAGGAAAAUUUAGUCCAACUGAAGGAGAAGAUUAGAAAAGGAAAAGAAAACCGACUGACAGAGCAGAAAAGAAUGCUGGAGCACAAGCAGAAGAUCCAAGAAGAACUACUUGUUGAGGGAUUUGAAAAGGAAUCUGAGGAGAUGGGGAAAGAGAUAAAUCAACUUAAAGAAGAGAUUGAAGAAACUGAAAACAUUUGGCCUUCAAUAUUUACAGAGCUCUUUUAUAUGGCAGCAACCUUAAUGCUGGAGCAGUCUCUGGUCCCGUGAAGAAAAUGGGCAGUUUUGUGUUUUUUUUAGAUAGGCUGAGAAUUUUUAAUAAAUACAUUAUAAAAGUCUCCUUAUGUUAUAAUAGCAUAACACGGUGGUUCAUUUUAUAAGCAUGUGUGCCAUGGUAGUUUUAGCCAAGAAAGGUUUAAAAACGAAGUGAUUACCAAAGAAUAUCAGGGCCUCAUAUACCAAGAAAAAAAAAAAAAACAA